AUGAUGCUAUGGGGUCCACCCGGUUGUGGCAAGACAACUAUUGCACGUAUUAUUUCCAACAUGACCCGCUCUCGGUUUGUUGAAUUCAGUGCUACUAGCCAUAAUACAGGGGAUAUCAAAAAGGCAUUUGAGGAUGCGCGAGGUCAUUUAGCAUUGACUGGACAAAAGACCAUCUUGUUUAUCGAUGAGAUUCAUCGAUUUACAAAAGCACAACAAGACGUGUUUUUGCCUUAUGUUGAGCACGGCACUAUUCAUCUGGUGGGUGCUACUACCGAGAAUCCUAGUUUCAAGGUCAAUUCAGCCUUACUGUCACGAUGUCGAGUAUUUGUGUUGCAAAAAUUAGAUCAAGAUCAGAUCAAGUCUAUCCUGAAAAGGGCAUUGAACAAAUGGCGAGAAAAACAUGUGGAUUCGAUCAGCAAUCUAGAAGAAGAACAAGCGUUAAAUCAAUUGGCUUCUUACAGUGAUGGCGAUGGUGCAUUUCAGAAAUCACACUUGUUAUAUGAUCGAAAUGGCGAUCAACAUUAUGAUAUUAUCAGUGCAUUACACAAGAGUAUUCGUGGAAGUGAUGCCAAUGCUGCCUUGUACUGGUUAGGUCGAAUGUUAGAAGCAGGUGAAGAUCCACUGUAUAUUGCUCGUCGAUUAGUAAGAUGUGCUAGUGAAGAUAUUGGAUUAGCAGACAAUACUGCUUUAACCUUAGCCAUGUCUGCUUAUCAUGCCUGUGAAAAGAUUGGCAUGCCUGAAUGUGAUACCAUCCUUGCUCAUCUUGUGGUUCAUUUAGCAGAGACAAAAAAGAGUGUCAGGACUUACAAAGCCUAUAAUCUUGUCAAACAAACCAUUCGACAAAAUCCAUCUUAUCCUGUUCCUUUACAUAUUCGUAAUGCACCUACUUUACUUAUGAAGGUAAGAUUUUUUAUUUUAUUUAUAGGUGUAUUUACAAUGAUAUAG